CUCUCAUCAGCUGGUGGAAGCGCUGCUUUGGCAGGAGCUGGAGCUGCCCUGACCCUGUGCCAGUCACCCUGGAGGCAGGUCCCAAUGGGAGCAGAAUAAGAACAUACAUGAAGGUUGGCCAUACACCAUGUCAUCAUGCGUGUCCAAGAGGGCUUCUUCUGAGAGGUCCAUCCUACAAGAGGACAAUGAGCAUUCAAACCAGCCUCACGUCGUUUGCAACUUCUCAACUCUGAGCAUCGACCUAGGCAUGGAAUCCGUUAUCGUGGUCACAGAAUAUGAUCCUUAUAUUUCAGAUAUUGAGCAUGGGCAUAAUGGAGAGCCGGUUAGUGAAGGUGUGGAACCAAAUGAGACCGGCAAAGAUGAGCCUGAUUUUCAUAGACUUACUGAAAGUGGAUGUAUACUGGAGGACCUCAAAGGGCUUCCAAAUGAUAUCAAAGAUCCCAGGGCCAAACUCAAUAUGACAAAUAGGAAGCUAUCCCUCCAAGAACGUUCUUCAUCUGUGCAAUCUCCAAGCAACCUAGAUAUGAAUGGACGGUACAUUUAUCCAUCUCUCCCCUAUUCUCCGGUAACCUCACCACAGUCUUCUCCACGCUUGCCACGGAGACCAACAGUAGAGUCUAACCGUGUCUCUAUUACGGGUUUUCAGGACUGUGUCCAGCUUAACCAGUACAGGCUGAAAGAUGAAAUUGGAAAGGGCUCCUAUGGAGUGGUGAAACUUGCAUACAACGAAGAUGAUAACACGUACUAUGCAAUGAAAGUUCUGUCAAAGAAGAAGCUAAUGAGACAAGCAGGAUUCCCACGUCGCCCUCCUCCCAGAGGUGCUAAACCAGUAGCAGAUGGUGGUGCACACGCCUUGGGGCCAAUUGAGAGGGUGUACCAGGAAAUUGCUAUACUGAAGAAGCUAGACCAUCCAAAUGUGGUCAAGUUGGUUGAGGUGCUGGAUGACCCCAGCGAGGAUCAUCUAUAUAUGGUGUUUGAACUGGUAAAGCAAGGACCUGUGAUGGAAAUACCAACAACAAACCCAUUUUCAGAAGACCAAGGGCGUUUCUACUUCCAAGAUCUGAUUAAAGGGAUCGAGUACUUGCAUUAUCAGAAGAUUAUACACCGUGAUAUUAAACCAUCUAACCUCUUAGUGGGAGACGAUGGUCACAUUAAGAUUGCAGACUUUGGUGUCAGUAACCAAUUUGAAGGGGCCGACGCAUUUUUAUCAAACACAGUAGGGACGCCUGCUUUCAUGGCUCCUGAGACCCUGUCUGAGACACGCAAAAUAUUUUCAGGAAAGGCUCUUGAUGUUUGGGCUAUGGGAGUCACCCUGUACUGUUUCACGUAUGGUCAGUGCCCUUUUAUGGAUGAAAGGAUUUUAUCUCUUCAUAGCAAAAUAAAGAACCAACCUUUAGAAUUACCUGAUCAGCCAGAUAUAUCAGAGGACUUGAAGGACCUGAUUCUACGGAUGUUGGAUAAGAGCCCAGAAUCUAGAAUUACUGUCCCUGAAAUAAAGGUGCAUCCUUGGGUAACCAAACAUGGUGCUGAGCCACUGCCAACAGAGGAUGAAAACUGCACUUUGGUGGAAGUGACUGAAGAAGAGGUGGAGAAUUCAGUCAAGCACAUCCCAAGUUUGGCCACAGUGAUCUUGGUGAAAACAAUGCUCCGAAAGCGUUCUUUUGGGAAUCCUUUUGAGGGGGGUAGGAAAGAGGAACGAUCCUUAUCUUCACCAGGGAACCUACUUACAAAAAAAAAGUCAGGAAAUAUAAGGCAUACCUCCAGUCAUAGAAGCAAAAGGAUACAAGGCAGCGAGGAGAGCCUGAGAGAGAGCGACUUACAAGAUGUUGGGGAGGACGAGGUUUUGUCCUGAUUGUCAUAGGCCCAUUUAUACCAUCUUGAUACAGAAAUUCCUGUCGGAGGAGAGACAUCUGUGUGUAAACACACCAUGACUUCGCUGUGCAUGUUUCUACUGAUCAGUACAGUACUCGAUGAAGACCUUAUGUUGCCGCAUGCGCUAAAGAUCAUUCUGUCUUGCCUUGGGAUGUAAAAUCCGUUGUUAAGUCGUUAAACGUAUUGAUUACUUUGCUACGGGCUCGCUCUUCCAAGGGGACUGCUGGGAACUGGUCCAGAAAAGGUGCUUCUAAUGUAUGUUGCAAAAAAGAAAAACGAUUUGAAGUGGCUUGUAGCAUAUGUCUUAAUGCCAAAUACUACACACAUACUGCUGCACUAAUCGAAAAGUUAUCAGAAUGCUAAGUGUUUAACACGUUCACUAGCAGAGGCUUGAAAUCCACCACUCUUGACAUGUUCCUUGGCAGCACAAUUGUUAAGGGAACGCUGCAGUUUUAUACCGCAAAUAUAUUAUAAUCCAAUAACAUACAGUAUUUUAAAAUGUGCUGAAAAUUGUAAGCACUGGAGUUUUACUGGCCAUAUCUCUGCCUUACACUGUAGUAUAUCCUAAGAAAAGUAUCUGCACUAUUGUGAGUGGCGUUGUCCAUCCAGUGCAGAUUCAUUCUCCUGCUUGUAUAUCCCAUACAAAAGAUCAGUGGGAAAGUUCAGUUGGUAAAUGCUCUGACUGGAGUGUUUAUUGCAACCUAAAGAAUUAAACUGUAAUGCCCAAUUGGGUGAACUCAUCCUUUCAUCUUUCCAAGUUCAAUAAAAUGGGUAACAUUGAGCUGGGUAACUAUCUCCUCUAUAUCAUCUGUUAGUUUGGUUAAUUCCGCUUUGGGGAAAGUACACAAUAUUAUAAUUAUUAUGUGCUACACUUGUGUACAAAGCUCAUCUAGCGAAGGCUCCUUUCCUUUCUCUGCUUUGUCAGAUAUCUGACACUUGGCAAGAUGCCAUUAAAGUGCCCCAUGCAUUCAGACAGUCUUGUAUUUUUUAAUAGAGGAAAAUGUGUUGGUGCUUGAGUAUAUGUGCUGUUGUGAAGCCUCUGAUGACCACUUCCCUUUUCUUUCACGUUGUUUGAGACACACUGUAUUACCUAAUCACAGUGGGGAAUAUUUUCACUGAGGAUCUAUCUCUGAUACAUAUUUAAUAGAUUUGUAUAUAGUGUCGACUUUUUUAAAUACAGAAUGCCAAGCACAGGGAGAAAAUGAGAGCAGCGCUACUAGGAUAUGCUGUGUGCACAAAGUGCUACAAUAGUGAUUUAUUUGAAGUGCUACAGUGCUACAAUAGUGAUUUAUUCAUCAGUGUGAAUGCCCUUACAAGACAAAGUCAUCUCACCAAAUGAAUAGGCAAAAAGUGCUCAAAACCACCUCCCCUUUGGAAAGUCUACUCCAUGCUUCACCCAAGACCCACUCCAAAUGCAUUCCCUUUGUAAGUACAUAUUCCCCAUUGACCACAAAAAACAAAAUGCAAUUCCAUCUAAUUGGCACAUUUUGCAAUGCGAUACACAAUAUGGACAUUAGUUCACAGAACCACCUUUCUUUGCUACCAAACGGGGCAGGAAUAUCUGAGAUAUGGUAGUAAAAAAUGGCACUGUUUAUCAGAAGAAACAACUAUUUCUUUCAAAACCUGUGCAUGGUACACAUCCCUGCCUCAAUUGUAGAGACUGCAGUGGUUUCAUCAAAGGGAAACCAUGUAGUCUGGACAGGGUUUCACCACUCAGCAGCGGUGGUAGUAGGGACUUUUAUUUUUAAGGGAGGUUAGUGGAUGUGUAGACUGGAUACAGUGUCACCUAAUGAUCUCAAUGAGAAGCUUGGGUGGCACUGGUUCCUGUAAUACACAUCCCCUUCAGUAGCCCUUGGUGCCCACUGCAAGAUGAGUCUGGGUACCCCCUCUUAUUGAAUUAUUCACUUUAUCCUGAUAAUAUUGUACUGUAAAUAUGUUUAUCUUUCCCUCUCUGAGAGCUUGAUAUAUAUACAUUAAUACAUUAAUCCAGUGUAUUUACAUCAAUAACUUAUUGCACACAUAACUUCGGUGUGUUGUAUGCUGUGCAUGCUAUCUUCCAUUUUCACUUGCUUUACUAAGAACUAAGAUGUGUUAACUACAUUUCCAGACACUCUGCUGCAUUCCAGUUUCCAGUGGUUGCCUAGCAACACCAGGUCUAAUUUUUUUUCACACUUUUAUUUUAAGUUUUUCUCUAAUUAGAUUUAACAGCAUGCCAGCUACUUGUGUAGAUCAUCUUUUUUGCAAAGUAAUAAUUUUUUACCAGUUUUCAGAAUGUUUGAAUGUAUAUUGGUUUCCAUAGCCAUGGCUGACAUAUGAUGUCACGCUAUCCUGAGAGUACCCAGAACCAUGUGGGGAGCAGCAAGAUUGCACCGGGAAGCAGGAUGACGCUC